AUGUCCAAGCAGGAAGACCUCGCGCGGGAUACCGUCGACCUCUCUGAGGAGAGCCAAGGCAAGCUGCCUAUGACGACGGAUUAUGGGAUCAAGAUCGCCGACCCGGAUCAUUGGCUUCGGGUGGCGGAUGCGAAGAGGACGGGGCCUUCGUUGUUGGAGGAUCCUAUUGCUCGGGAGAAGAUCAUGCGCUUCGACCAUGAGCGUAUCCCCGAACGUGUGGUGCAUGCCCGAGGCGCUGGCGCCUUUGGUACCUUCACGCUGCACAAGGCCAUCCCCGAGCUUACCACGGCUGGGGUGUUGACGGACACAUCACGCGAGACGCCUGUGUUUGUGCGGUUCUCGACCGUGCAGGGUAGUAAGGGGAGUGCGGACACCGUUCGGGAUGUCCGCGGGUUCGCCGUGAAGAUGUAUACUGCCGAGGGUAACUGGGAUAUCGUCGGCAACAACAUGCCCGUCUUCUUCAUCCAGGACGCGAUCAAGUUCCCCGACGUUAUCCACGCCGUCAAGCCAGAGCCGCACAAUGAAAUCCCCCAGGGCCAGUCGGCCCAUAACAACUUCUGGGACUUCCAGUACCUCCAUCCGGAGACCACGCAUAUGCAGCAAUGGGUCAUGUCCGAUCGUGCAAUCCCCCGGUCGUACCGUAUGAUGCAGGGCUUCGGUGUCAACACUUUCUGUCUCGUCAAUGCACAGGGACAGCGCCACUAUGUCAAGUUCCACUUCACACCCGAGCUCGGCGUUCACUCCCUGGUGUGGGAUGAAGCCCUUAAGAUAGCUGGCCAGGAUCCCGAUUUCCAUCGCAAGGACCUUAUGGAUGCCAUCGACGCCGGUCAAUACCCGAGGUGGAAGUUCGGUAUCCAGGUUAUUCCCGAAGAGAAGAUGGACGACUUUGAGUUCGACAUUGAAGAUGCUACAAAGAUCUGGCCCGAGGAGCUGGUGCCUAUUCAGUAUAUUGGACAAUUGGAGCUGAACCGUAACAUUGACGAAUACUUCACGCAGACCGAGCAGGUGGCCUUCUGCACCAGCCACAUUGUGCCCGGUAUCGACUUCUCCAAUGACCCCCUGCUUCAGGGCAGAAACUUCUCUUACUUUGAUACCCAGCUCUCUCGCUUGGGGCCCAACUGGGAGGAGUUGCCGAUCAACCGCCCGGUGUGCCCGUACAUGAACCUCGUCAACCGGGAUGGCGCCAUGAAACACCGCAUCACCAAGGGCAAGGUGAACUACUGGCCCAACCGGUACAGCACCAACCCUCCUACCGCGCCGGAACAGGGUGGUUUCGCUACCUAUCCGGAGAAGCAGCAGGGCGUCAAGUCUCGUGGACUGUCGGAUAAGUUCAAAGAACACUUCAACCAAGCCCAGCUCUUCUACAACUCGCUUUCGCCUAUUGAGAAGCAGCACGUUGCCAAGGCAUUCUCGUUCGAACUUGAUCACUGCGACGAGGAGAUCGUGUACAAGCGCUUGUCUGAACGUUUGGCCGUGGUUGACCUUGAGCUGGCCAAGACCGUGGCGAAGAAUGUCGGCGGCGACACACCCACCAAGGCCGGUAAGCCGAACGAGGGUAAGACAUCUAAGGGACUCAGUCAGCUCGAGUACCUCUCCGAUGAAGCACAGAUCGCGACUCGUCGGAUUGCCAUCCUAAUCGCGGACGGAUUCGACUACGACUCGUAUGUGAAGAUGAAGGAGGCUUUGCAGAAGCAGAACGCGUUUGUCUUCACCAUUGGCACCCAGCGCCAGGGUGUAACGGCGGAGUCGGGUGAGAAGGUAGUUCCAGAUCACCACUUCCCCGGUAUGCGGUCAACUCUGUUCGAUGCAGUGUUCGUCCCCGGAGGCAAGCACAUUGCAGCCUUGACCAAGAAUGGCAUAGCCAAGUAUUGGAUCACCGAGUCAUUCGCCCACCUGAAACCGAUUGCCGGUCUCAAUGAGGCGGUUGACUUCAUUCGGAAGCAGAUUAACCUGGACGCAGUGAAGCACGCCUCCAGUGGUGAGGUGGUGGAGAGUUACGGUGUGGUCACCGGCCAUGGCUCCCCAGCAGAGCUACUGCAGCCGUCGUCGAAGAUUGGCAAGGACAGCAAGGGACUUUUCGACCGGUUUGUCUGGCAGAUCUCGCGGCACAGAAACUGGCAAAGAGAGUUGGAUGGCCUGGCGGAUGAGAUCGCGGCCUAG